CCCUGCCUGACCUCGCCCCUCUGCCCAUCCCCAGGACAUGGCGGCUCUGAAGCCCAGCGUGGGCCGACUCCUCCCUGGAUCAUCCAUCCUUUUCCUGUGCGACAUGCAGGAGAAGUUCCGCUAUGUCGCGUACUUCCCCCAGAUUGUCUCUGUGGCCGCCCGCAUGCUCAAGGUAGCCCGGAUGCUGGAGGUGCCAGCCGUGCUGACGGAGCAGUACCCAAAAGGCCUGGGUGCCACGGUGCCCGAGCUGGGGGCUGAGGGCCUGCGGCCAUUCCCCAAAACCAGCCUCAGCAUGGUGCCCGUGGUGCGGCAGGAGCUGGACUCGAGGCCCCAGCUGCGCUCUGUGCUCCUCUGUGGCAUCGAGGCACAGGCCUGCAUCAUGAACACAGCCCUGGACCUCCUGGACCGGGGGCUGCAGGUCCACGUGGUGGUGGAUGCCUGCUCCGCCCGCAACCAGGUGGAGCGGCUGUUGGCACUGGCCCGGAUGCGGCAGAGCGGCGCCUUCCUCUCCACCAGUGAAGGGCUCAUUCUGCAGCUUCUGGGUGAUGCCACCCACCCCCGUUUCAAGGAGAUCCAGGAGAUCAUCAAGAAGCCUGUCCCGGACACCGGGCUGCUGGGCCUCUUCCAAGGCCAGAACCACCUCUUCCAGUGAACACCGACCCUGCCUCCAGGGGAGCCCACCCUCUUGUCACCGGGAUGGGGAAAGCGCUUUCCCCCCAUCCUUGGAUCCCAAGAGUGGUGCGAUCCACCAGGAGUACCGCCCUCUUGGGAAGGGAGGCAGGUACUGCCUUGCCAUUGGGCGACAGCUCCAGGAAAUGCAAAUGGACCUCCUGGAAGCUGGGCGGGAGUUGGCCGAGGGGAGCUGGAGGCGGGGCUCGGCCCCGGGCCACUUCACGGGGCGGGGAGGGGAGGGGGAGUCACAGACUGUGUGGGACCCGGACUCGCAGAAUAAACAUUGAUGUGGC